AUGAGUGCUGCCCUUGCCAGAAGUACAAAGAAUGCGACUUUCGAUCUCAUGUCCGCUCAGCUGCGACUGACUCGUCCGUCACUCGAUGAAAUCCGAUCAGACGAGACUUCAGCGACACACAAGCGGGUCACUCCUGCUAUUCGAAGCCUUUCGGACAUUAUCGAAGCUCCUCAGGCUGUUGAUGAGCUCCAUCUUCGAGAGAUCAGACAUUUUCUUGCCGUGGCAAAUUUGCCCACCGACGGUGUUGCUGGCUGGCGACUCCGUCGACGACUUGGGGAAUAUGUCAAGGCUCAUAGACAGCGUCGGGCAGCAUUAGCGCAAUUCGACGAGGUGGACCAGCGCUACGACGAUCGAUUCGCCAGGGUGGAGCUUCACCUUCCUGACCUCUUCAAUGAUCUUGCAGUUCGAGAAACGAGCGUGCUACAAGCCUUUGCUGCGGCUCACGAGGCUUAUACCGUUGCGAUCGACGUUCACAGCGCGACGCUCGGAGAUGAUGCUCCACUCAUCCAAGGAAGGAUCGGCAAAAGCAAUGUGUCUGGACACGCCGAGCUCGCCAAAGAUUCGAUUUCGCUCGCAGCGCGCGGCUUUGACUCGAAGGCCACAGACACUCUGACCAUCUGGCACGUCGAAGAGGUCGAUGCAAUGACAAUGGGGGCGCUCAGAUCAGAGCUUGCAGCUCGCAAGCUGAGCGACAAAGGCGCCAAGGCAGUAUUGAUCUCUCGACUGUUUGAGAGCAUCGCGCAAGACGUUCCAGCACAGAACAAAAGCCACUAG